UGUGUUUGGUGAUUCCACAAGUACGAUUAGGGGAUUUUACACAAAGUAAAUUGACCAAGUAAACAAAGCCAUAUCUGUGAGUCAAGGCCAAAAGUACGUUUAAAAGUCGAUGAAUAGAUGACACAUUGAGAAUUAUAGCGUUUAAAUACAGUAGGUACAUAUAAAGCUCGAAUAGCCUUACGAAUAUAAUCGUAUUAUAACGUAUAUUUACUACGCAAUCAAAUGGAUCAUAAUUCCCAAUUAGAAGCAUAUAUAAACAGUAUAAGGCAAAGUAAUUAAUUUGCACGUUUGCACACAAAAUGCGUAACAUCAUACUGCAAACUUGCAUCCUUCUACUCCGUUCUAUCUAUCUGCAACGUUUCUCGCAAAAUUGCAUGAAAUCGGGUGUAACGCAGUUAAUGAAAUGAACGAUGUUACUAUUAGAGAUGCAUGACCUUUAUCAAACAUGAUUGACCUACUGAAGCUGUUCAAAAUAUUACUUAUAGCAGUGCUCCUCGUUCAAAACAUACUCUGCUCACAAACCCACCUACAUUUAAAUGGAAACUCUGUAGCUGUAGUUGAUGCUGGAGAAAGUGUAGUGUCAGUCUGGCAAUGGAUCUUCUAUGAAGAUCUUAAAGGAGCAGUUUGGUACUAUAUGGCGCAAGAAUUGGAAGGAAUCCCGUUUUUCAGUAGAAGGAAGGAAGAAUAUGAGAAGAAAGCAGCUGAAGAGCGUACACCUUGCGGAGAAGCCGCUAAAAGACUGAAAGAACGACGAGUAUACCUGAAAGUGUCGAUUGAUACACUUACAAAAAUAAUAAAGGAAGAAUUGACAAAAAUAAAUAUUUUACACUAUUUUCAUGUGAUUCCGUUUUUACUUCAAUUUAAAAAACUUGCGUACUGUAUUUUGUUUGAUACUGUGUAAAAAUGUUGCGUAUCUUUCUCGGCAGUCUUAAGAGUUGAAUAAGAACAGUCUUCGAGCAACUAUUGCUAUAAUCAAAUCGAAGCACCUUUUCCGUUUUACUUAAAUAUGACAUGACCAGUCUGAAUCCAAUUGCUGAACUGGCCUAAUGAGUUGGAAAAACCUUCCAAGCGAUGAAGGUCAUUGCAGCUGUUGUCAUUCGAUUAAAGUAUCAAAUGGUGUUCAAGUAUAUAUAAUCUAACUGUUCACUUCUGAAUUAGAAAUGCAGAUGGCAAAGAAAGAGACACAUACACACACACUCACACACAUGUACAUUUGGCAUAGUUGAACAAAGCUAAAAAGUAAUGCAGAAUUCAUUUUAAACUGUUUUGGCACCUUUCUUCGUAUUAUCCGCUGGGUCUCGAUUGGCUUCAAAGAGGGCUGAGGUUACAAAGACUCCGGGCCAAUAAAGAACCUUUUUCAGCAUUUUCUUUUCCCUACUCUUUCUUUAC